UCUAUAGUCACUGUAAGUAGCGUUAAGACGCACCGCGAGAGGACACUGUAAACGUGUGUACAUGUUUGAAAGUGAGGUUAUUGUACGCGCUUGAUAUUUGUAAACUUUAAAUGCUUAUAAUAUAAGAACUUCUUAAUUUUUCAUAAAUUAAGAAAGUUUUUAAGCGUUAAAAUUUACGUUACUAAAUUAAGAUAAUCACAAUGUCGAUCGGAGUACCAAUAAAAGUACUCCACGAAGCGGAGGGUCAUAUUGUAACCUGUGAAACAAACACCGGUGAAGUUUAUCGUGGAAAACUAAUUGAAGCCGAGGACAAUAUGAACUGCCAAAUGCAAAACAUCACAGUUACUUACAGAGAUGGUCGAGAAGUAGAAUUAGAAAACGUUUACAUUAGAGGAUCUAAGAUUAGGUUCCUCAUAUUACCAGAUAUGUUAAAAAAUGCACCGAUGUUUAAAAGACCUGGCGGGAAAGGUUCAGGAACUGCUGGCAGAGGAAAAUCGGCUAUUUUACGUGCUCAAGCUCGUGGAAGAGGUAGAGGUCAGAAUCAAAGAGGUAGAGGUACUGGUUCGGCCCCUUGGCUUAAUCAACAAAAUCAACCUGGAGGUUCUCAGACAGGAAGAGGAAGAGGUUAACAGUUUCUAUCUAUAAGGCACGGACGUAUAAAACAAAGGGGUUGGAGUCUGUCGAACAUUGUUGAUCAUUGCAGAAUGUAUCAGAAAAGAUGUACUUUUGCGCGCAAAAUUUCUAUGUAUAUUACAUAUGUUUUUUGAUAAAUUAAACAAAUAAAACAAGUAUUUGAAUAUAUAAUAAUAAAUA